GUGUCCUAAGUAUUGUCGGCCUGUGUUUUAACUCACGAGGUUUUUUGUGUUUUAUUUCCAAUUUAUAUUUUUUGGUGUGAGACAACACCGCCAUGUGGCGUCUCUGUUGAAAAGUUAACCUAAAAUCAUAUUAGGCCUACUCAGGUCCUAACAAUAACAAUAUAGGCACUUUCAAGUAUUUUUAUGGGUGUGAUACACGUUUGUUUAUAACGAUGUUUAUAAACUUUAUGAUAGGUUUAACUAUAACAUAAGGGAGUGAUUUUAUAAUUUGCAUUUAAUUAGUUUUUCAUCUGUUUGGGAGAUCACAAAAUAAAUAAAAAAACACUUCAUUAAUUUCGUGGACAAAGUCUGUCAUGUUUCCAUUUAGUGACCACAAAGCAAAUAUUUGUGACAAAAUGCCAUAUUUGGAACACUGCCUAACUGCGUAUUGUGAACGGGUCCCCGGAAAAGUGUUAUGACAAAUGUUUUUUUUUUUUGGUUAGGUACUACAAGAAAGACAUUGAAGAAGUUUCAACACCAGGAAAAAAGAGGAAAAAAAGGCCACAGGAAGGAAAGUCACUUGACACAGUCGACGAUUUCACAGUAAACGCAAUCAGGAAUGCAAUUUACAGGAUGUACGCUGAAGGUUUGAAUGUUACAGUCGACACCAUUUUGAAAGAAAUCAGGGAAAGACAAAUAGAUUAUUAUGGUGGAAGAUCAAGUCUUCAUAAAUUGUUAAAGAAGAUGGGAUUUUCAUGGACAACUGUUGAUGGACGAAAAGCUUUGAUAGAGAAUGAAAACAUAGUAUUGAAGCGAAUAGAUUUCUUGAGAAAGUAUAAAGAAGAAAAAGAAAGAGGAACUGUAUCAAAGUCAUGGCAGGACAAGAGUCUACAAUCUGCGAAGAGACGUACUGUUGGAGAUGGUAAAAGGUUUAUUGUUGUUAAUGCUGGAGGGCGCACUGGCUUUGUGCCAGGAGCAGGAUUACUUUUUGUUUCAGGUCAGAAGACUGCAGACUACCAUGGCGAGAUGAAUGGGGAAACUUUCUUGAUGUGGUUUGAAGACAUGUUGGUGCAUCUGGAGGAACCCAGUGUCAUUAUAAUGGACAAUGCUUCAUAUCACAGCACCCAGGUUGAGAAAACACCUACAACGAACUGGACCAAGGAUGCACUGAUCGCGUGGCUGGAGAAGAAUGAGAUAAAACAUGAAAAUAAUUUGUUGAAAGUGGAGCUGCUGAGAAUAGCUAAACAAAACAAGCCCCGAAUACGAUGGGCGAGGUGUGUGGAUCACGUGGAGAAGCUAAUUCAAGCAGACUGGGAGAGAGAAGUCCACAUAGACAGCGGCACCAUUCCUCCACUCAUCAUCCACCUCGGCGAGGAUAGUUCAAGUGAAGACAGUGACAGCGAAGAAUUUGAGGUUACGACACAGCAAGUAGAUGGAGACAGUGAAGUACUGGCAGUUCCUCUUGAUGAUUUACCCGGGUGUUCUUAUUGAGGUCUGUAUGUAAUAAACACCUGGGCAACUGUAAGUAUUGGGGUUUGAAACAUUUUUUUUUCUUUUAUGCAUUCCCAUUAAGUAUGUUGAUUACUGGAACUUUAUGUAUUAACUUUAUAUUACACAUAUUAUAAAAUUAAUAAUAAAUUUCAUUUCUGGAUUCGUAUAGGUGUAUGUGAAACAUUUUAUUUUGUUGUGUCUCUUCAUUUUUCAGUGAACUUACUUGGAAAACAAAAAGCCAGUCCCCAUCCAGGGCCACAAAUAAAUAAUGCAUAUAAGUGGUAUAGAAAUUACUGUCAAUUCUUUACCACAAUUUUACUGUUCAUAAAAUUACGAUUUUGUCUAAUAAGUAUACUCAGGAAAAUGUAUAUAACCAUAUUUUUAUUUGUGGCCUUAACCGGCAAAAUGGUAGGGGUUUAUUAAAUAAAAGAAGAAAAUUCAUUUUUAAAUGUUUUCAUCUGAAUUUGUUAAUUUUAUUAAACCUUCAAUCCUUAGUCUUUUCCAGAUUGCUUAGAUGGACAGCCAUAUGUAUAAUUUACAAUACUUUUUUUUUUUCA